AUGAAUUUAAAUAUAUAUUCCUGCGUGUAUUUGGCAGCCUGCGCUGUAGUGUGUGCGGGAUCAGAUCAGAGUUACUAUGCUGUCCAAGAAACAGACUCAGUAAAGAAAGUAUUCAACGUAUAUUGGAACGUCCCUACGAGGGAUUGUAAAAAACAUGACAUCCAAUUUAAUGAUUUGUACGAAAAAUAUGGAAUUAUUCAGAACGCUGAUGAUAUCUUCCAAGGAGAAAAGAUCACAAUACUGUACAAUCCUGGCAAUUUCCCGGGGAUCGUUGAAAAUGUUAAUGUAAAUGGAAUUGUUCCUCAAGAAGGAAAUCUUUUAGCUCACCUGCAGAAGUUCAAACAGGAUCUAGAGGAAACCAUCCCUGAUAGGAAUUUUCAGGGGAUCGGAGUAAUAGACUUUGAGAACUGGAGACCUAUACUACGUCAAAACUUUGGAACGAUGGAACCUAUUCGUGUUCUGGCUCCCAUAUUGGAGAGAAUAGAACAUUGGUGGUGGCCAAAGCAGUGGAUUGAUAAAGAGGCCCAACGACGAUUUGAAAGUUCAGCGCGAUCUUUUCUUCAAACAUCGUUGAAUCUGGCCAAGAAGCUGCGUCCUAAAGCCUUGUGGGGUUACUAUGGGUUCCCGGAAUGCUUCAAUCGACUUUAUGGAGAGCCCGAGAAAUGCCCAUCUAUGAUACUGUCUGAGAAUGAUAAGUUAUCUUGGCUCUGGUCCAAAAGUACAGCCUUGUUUCCAUCUGUGUAUACUUCCGAGCCCGAGACGACGCCUGAACAACUAGCCAAGUUCAUCAAAGGAAAAAUUAAUGAAGCGGCAAGAGUAAGAACAAAAGGCACACCCAUCCUACCUUACUUUUGGUUCCGCUAUAAAGACGGGAAUAAUCUUAAACAGAAUGAUUUGCAAGCUGCUCUCGACGCAUUCUACAACUCCGAUGCCUCAGGGUUUAUCAUCUGGGGCAGUUACAAGGAUGUCAUAAACAAAUCCUUGUGUCUUCAGCUAAAAGAAUAUGUCACAAAUAUCCUGGGACCUGCUGUAGCCAAAUACACCAAACCAUUAUUGUUUAACGUCGACAAUAUUUCCACUCAACCAAAAAAUGAAAGUCAACCGGACAUUAAACCCAAAUGGAAACUGUCAGAGGAUUUUAAUUCAUAUAUUCAACGUGUUGUGGUUGAAGAGUUGAGGAGACAAAUGAGAGUGAAGCAUUAUGCAAAGGGAAGUCAGCUCGUUGAUGUGAUUCUUGAGAAAAUUGCCGGUUACUACGUGAAUAAUAGCUAUUACAAUGUUCAUAAUAACACUUCGGAAGCUCCAGUUUUUCUUAGUGCGAACACAUUCAGAAACACAUCAGAUGAAAUUAUCACACCAACAACCUCAGAUUCAACCAUUAAAGACACUCAUCUUGGAACUGCAGGAGGUAUGACUGAUUCCAGAGCCACAUCAUCAACAGGCAGCGCUAUUACAAAUAUUUCAACUUUGACACCUGAAAAUUCACGGACCCAUUUCACUGAACCUACAACUGAUGUCAGCAAGUGUAGUACAACUAAAAUGAUGCCGAUUGCUAACCAAUCCAGUUUAAAUAGCAUUAUUGUAGAAGAGACUAAUGAAAAAUACUACCGUGCUGUGAAGAAAGGUGAUAUUUCGACAUUUUGUCAACAUUAA